UAAAGAUUUUAGAAAGAUUUUUUUCAUAAACAAAAGAACAAUCCAUGUCUCUGAUUGGGUGAUUGUGCAUGUGAUUAAUCACAUGACCACAUGAGAGCUGCUCUAAAUGUUCCUCUUGAUGAGUGUCUUGUUGGUAACCACAGAUUCUGGUCACAUGGAGGCAACAUGCGCCCUGAGUUUACUUUGUGAGUUCGCUGAUUCACUCAGUGUGUUUACAUUUUCACCGCAUGUUCUCCUUGUACUUUGGAGCGACGAUUUCCUCGCUUUUAUCAAGACAGCUUAAUCAUGUUGUAGCAGAUACAGCGGAGCAACAGUGCAGUCCAUCAGUGGGGUGUGGCUUUCCAGGCUCUUCACGGUGAUCCAGGAACUGCCAGCUAACAAAAAGUGGCUCAUCCUGUUCUACUCAGAGAGCGUAAAAGAGUGGAAGUGAAGCCGGCUGACAGCAGAGCAGGAAAGGCUGAGGAUCAUGGCAGAUACAGCAGCAGAAGACGCAGCCUCCAUCUCCAGACAGCCACUGUGUGCCGUCUGCUCAGGUGUACUGACUGGAGACAAACCAGCAGCCUGCAGUCACUCCGUUUGUGGCUCCUGCCUCGUGGACAAAAGUAAAGGAUGUCCUGAGUGUCUGCAGAGUCCGGACAAGCCUGAACCUGCUGAAGGUCCCGCAGCGAACGGGACAGACGCCGAAGCUCCUGUGAUGAACAGCAAAGAGGAGCCAAGUCAGGACUCGCCGACAGAGGAGACCAAGAUCCAAGAGGAUCUGAAGGAAUCUGAGGAGAGGAAAGAGGAGGAACCGCAGACAGACAAAGAGGUGACAAAUGGAGCAGAAGAGGAGGUGAAGGAGCAACCACUGGGCCCCGAUGAUGUGGUGUGUGACUCGUGUAUUGAGAACCCCAGCAGGGCCCUCAAGUCCUGCCUCACCUGCCUGGUGUCCUACUGUGAAGCCCACCUCCGGCCUCACCUGGAGAACCCAAAGUUUCAGAACCACCGUCUGGUCGAGCCGCUCAGGGACAUCGAGAGGCGGACCUGCGAGAGCCACAAGUGGCCCCUGGAGCUGUUCUGCUGCGCUGAUGCCUGCUGCGUGUGUCAGGACUGUGUGGCGGAGGACCACAGGGGCCACAACACGGUCCCUGUGGUGGAGGCUCGCAGACGAAUAGAGAAAGAGCUCAGGGAGAAGCAGACGGAGAUGGUGAAGACGGUGACAGCAGCAGAGAACGCCAUCAACAAACUUCAACUCAACACAGUCUCCAUUGAGAAUUCUGUGACGGAGGUACGAGCGGCGAUCGAGAGCCAGUUCGAGGAGCUGCAGGCGGUGGUGGAGAGGGCGAAGCGGGAGGUGACCGAGAUCCUGGAGGGGGAAGAGAAGCAGGCGCUCAGGCAGGCCGAGGGAAUCCGGGUUCACCUGGAGCAGAGGUGCACCGAGCUGAAGAAGACGCAGGCUCAGAUGGAGAAGCUCUCGAAAAACAAGAACGAUGUGGACUUCUUACAGGAGUACUCAGAGUGGAAGAAAGAAGCCACUGACAUUUCUCUGCCUGGCGUGUACAUCGGCCUCAUGGACCGCCUGAAUUCCUUCAGCCGUGUGAUUGUUGACUCCACGCAGGAGCUGUGUGCCAUGGUUGUGUCUUCAUACAUAGACAAAGUCAAAGAGACGUGCAAGAACGAUAAAAUGGGAAUAAAGACGACAGUUCAGGAAAUCAUUGCAGCGAAACAGAACAUGUCUAUACCAGAUCCAGUGACACAUGACGACUUUCUCAAGUACGCCGCCCACGUUAGUUUCGACGCUGACACGGCUCACAAGUUCCUGCGCCUGACAGAAGAAAACAGGAAGGUGACUAAUACCACACCCUGGCAGCAUCCCUAUCCUGACGUACCUGAGCGCUUUGAGAACUGGCGCCAAGUUCUGGCGACAGAGAGCUUCUAUCUGGGGCGCCAUUACUUUGAGGCAGACAUCAGCGGCGAGGGCACACACGUCGGCCUGACCUACAAGAGCAUCGACCGCAAAGGAAACGAGAGCAACAGCUGCAUCACAGGAAACAACUUCUCCUGGUGUCUCCAGUGGAACGGCCGCACCUUCUCCGCCUGGCACAGCGACGUGGAAACCCCUCUGAACAUGGAGAAGUUCACUCGUAUCGGGGUUUAUGUGGACUAUACCCGGGGCCUCUUGGCUUUCUACGGUGUGGAUGACGCCAUGACGCUCAUCCACGAGUACCAGGCAGAGUUCCUGGAGCCUCUUUACCCGGCUUUCUGGCUGUCCAAGAAGGAAAACAUCGUCGCCUUGGUGGCACCAGGGGAGCCAUUACGGCUCAAAAGCCCCUCUCCUCCCACCUCACCUGCAAACGGAGUAGUUAUCGCAAAGUCGGCAGCGUAGCAGUGAAUAAGUGAUGAAAGUCAGUUAAUGGAUCAGUUAGGUGGCAAUUCAAGUCACAUUCAAAUAAGACUACUGUUGUAUAAAGCGUUUGACCCCUAACAACAGAUUUAUUAUGUGAAAGUUUAAGGAAAUGAUGAUGUGAAUGUUUAUCUCAUGUGUAUUUGUGUUUAUCCUGCUGUGUAUGUUUGGGACUGUUGUUACUUGUCAUCACACUGUGAAUUCAGAGGUCUCCUGUGUUUCCUGUAUGCAAAUAAAAACUUGUAUCUUCAUUUGCCAGAAAAA